GGGCGCUGGAUUUGUUACUGUUACUAAGCGUAAUACAUACUACUUUAUACGUUUGGUCCUGAAAUGGAAGUGACAACAAUCAUGCAAAUUUUCUAGCUGAUGAAAGCAAGACAUAUAAAGUCCUCUUCCUCUUCCCCCUACAUUCCAAUUCCCUAUUGACUACUCCAUUCCAGUCUUCCUUCAAUUAUCCACACAAUCAACAAAAUAUCAAUAAUUUUUUGACAAAUCCGAUCAACAAAUCCCCAUGUCUUCAUAUGCCUUAUCCCAUGAACACCCGAGCGGGCCAGGUGAUGCCCGGCCAACUGCGCAACAAAUAAUUCAAGAUGAGGGGAUCGAAGGGCAGUGGGCCAAUAAAACUAUCUUGAUCACAGGCUGCUCUUCCGGACUUGGUGUUGAAACUGCUCGUGCUCUUGCCGCAACAGGCGCAACACUUUAUCUCACUGUUCGAGAUGUAGCAAAGACAAAAGCUAUCUUAGGCGACCUUCUUCAACUUGAUCGCAUUCAUCUACUGACCCUUGAUCUCAACUCUCUAGCGAGUGUCCGAUCUUGUGCUUCAGAGUUCCUGUCGAGAUCUGAGUCGUUGAACAUCCUUAUCGAGAACGCUGGUGUCAUGACCACCCCUGAAGGCCGUACGAUGGAUGGAUUCGAAACCCAGAUUGGUACUAAUCACCUGGGUCACUUUCUCCUCUUCCAGCUGCUCAAGCCAGUUCUCUUGGCCUCAGCAACACCAGAAUUCAAUUCGCGAGUGAUCAUCCUCUCCUCAGUGGGCCACAGAAUCUCUGAUGUCCAUUUUGAAAAUCUGAAUCUGGAAGGGGAAUACGAACCGUGGAAAGCAUAUGGACAGAGCAAAACUGUAAGUCUAUGGGCAGCUAAUCAUAUCGACCGUAGCUUUGGGAAUCGUGGCUUACACGCUUUCAGCCUUCACCCCGGUUCUGUUAACACCGACCUGUCACGACAUAUGUCCCCCGAGGAACUCAAGCAGGCUGGAGAAGACAAGACUUUUGCCAAUAUGAUGAAGAGUGUAGAACAGGGUGCUGCAACAACAGUUUGGGCUGCCGUCGCUGGGGAGCUUGAGGGCACUGGAGGGAAAUACGUGGAAAAUUGUCAGAUUUCGAAGCCAUAUGAGCCAUCUGCUGGACAGUGGGGUCCAGGCUACGCGCCUUGGGCCUACGACAGUGAGAAAGAAGCAAAAUUGUGGGCUGUGUCUUUGAAGCUUGUUGGUAUGCAGGAUGACUCCUAGAUACACUAGAUUUUUGGUGCAAUGACCGUGAAUGUUGCGUCAAUAGCUGCAAAAGCAAAUAAUAGAACGUCAAUCCAAUUUUUACCUA